AUGAAUAGAAGAAAGAAUGAACAAAACAACAAUGCAUAUGAAAGGAUUUUAGAAAUUAAAAAGAGGAUUUAUAAGACAUAGACUCAAUUCCCAUUAAGUCUCUGGAAUCCUAUGUAUAUGUACAAUGCUUACCUUAACUUCAAUUUUAUUUGCUUGCCACCAGGUUUCUAAUAAAAAUUCAAGUUGAUCAAGCCUAAGAAAAUCAAAAAUUGGAUAGAUGAUAUUCCGAUCUUGGUUGGUGUUGAUGACUUUGAAUAGAGAGAUACUUGUGCAAUUUGUCUUUUAGACUUAAAUGAAAAAAAUGUUAUCAAAAUACUAAAAUGUAAUCACUUUUUCCAUUAGGAAUGUAUAAAAGAGUGGUUGUAACUCAAAGCAGAAUGCCCCACUUGCAGAGAUUAAAUGCAUAAAUGA